UUUCUAACACUAUCCUACGCAUUCCAAUUUCACUUUCUAUUUUUGCUUUCUUAUUUUUCUUCUCUAUACUUAACAGUUAACACUAAUUUUAACUUUGAAGCCAAAAUGGCCAAUACUAAGGCUCUCACCAUCCUUCUCUUGGCUCUCCUUGCUCUUUCCAUGUUUGCUACUGAGGUUUUGGCUAACAGUCCUUAUGGACCUGGAGGUUUGAAGUCUUCACAAUGCUUGGGUCAAUGUACAAGAAGAUGUUCAAAGACUCAAUACCACAAACCAUGCAUGUUCUUCUGCCAAAAAUGCUGCAGGAAAUGCCUGUGUGUCCCACCAGGCUUCUACGGUAACAAGCAAGUUUGCCCUUGCUACAACAACUGGAAGACUAAGGAGGGUGGUCCUAAAUGUCCUUAAUUUUUACUCUUUAUUUAUUUAAUAUAUUCUCCUUCUAAUUACUUAUUUUAGUUCAUUGUAAUGGGAGAUCUAUUACUGUUACCUAAUUUCCUAGUACUAAUUUCUCAUUAGUACGAUUAAAAUUGUUUUUAAGUUUAAUACACACCGUUAUCGUUAUUACUAUGAAGAUUGCUAUUUUUAUCGAUCCAUCAAGAGGCGUUGUUAACAGUUUGUGAUAGAGAAUGAGAAGGAGAAUGAGUAGAUUGGGGCCGAUAUUUUUAGACUCAAGCUAUUUGUGUUGUUCGUUACUCCAUUUCAUAUUGUAGUAGCAUUACUCCUAUUAUUUUUGUUGUAUCAAUUAAAGUUAAUGAAUAUUUAAAUAUAUAUUUGAAUGAA